AUGCCUAGCCAUCCAUAUGCCACCGGUGCCAUAUAUACACGUUAUCCUAAUCCAUCCUCUGAGCAUGGCCUACAGCAUGACCUUAAAGUAUCUGAUUAUGCUGGGCCACAUCCAUCAGCCUACGACCCCCAACUCCCUUCGAAUACUGCUACAACCGACGUCAGCAUGCGUCACAGGCUCCCACCGCGGGCAAUGCAGCCGGGUGUAAUCUCACAUCCUUACGCUGCUCCAUUAAGCGAGCCGGUAAACUCGCAUGCACGGCAGCCUAGUAACUCUGUCCUUCCUACGCUUCCGGUCCCGCCAAGCGCUGUGCAUGAAGAUAAUGGUUUCCCAUCUGGUAACCACAUAUCCAUCAGUAGUCCUGACUUCGAGAAGUAUGGCGUUGGUGAGGCUCUUGUGUUCGCUGCGCCAUUGCGAGACGAGCAGGAAACUGACUCCGAGGAUCAAUCUUUCGGAACUAUCAUCCCGUGCCAGCAGGAUACUCUGAGUCGAAUCGUAGACAAGGGGAAGGCCAAAGACUCGACACCCGCGCCCAUGGCCUCCAAUAUUAGUCGAUACCGGAUAUCCGGUUCUGACUCUGUGGUCGUUUCUACUCGUCCUCCGAGUCUGAUAUCCGUGACAGCAAUCGAAGGCAGGGACGCCACCCACUCUCCUGGUGCCCUCCGUACUACGACCAACAUCACAUCCGCACAUCUUGUUAUUUCAGGUUUGGAUAAUGAUGAUCUGGACGAAUUUCAAGAUUUGUUCUACAGGCCUCCCCAGAGCAGGCCGUCCAGUGGAAAAUCUAGCGUAAAACAUCAGGAUGCAAGCGAAACCAGCAGGGGUAUACCGUCGGAUAUUCAUAGCUCUUAUUCUGGAAGCGCACUCACCAACCUCAUGCGCAGCAUGAGCGAGAUUGGAGAACUGCAUGUGGCGGCCUCGGAUCUCUCCCAUGGGCAGAGGUCAGGCGGGCCAGGGGAUCAACGAUCGGAUGAACUAUCUCAAACGUAUGUUUUCAUGGACAUGUCGAGGACUCCUUCACCGGUGCAGGUCGAUCCCUGCGCUGUUACCGAGUCGCCAGUACAACUUUACGAAGCACCCUUUGAAGCGAGUGUUCCAGAAGAUAUCGAAUCCUCUCGAGCAUCUUCUCCUCUGAUCGCCUCACAAGAGAAUGACACUUUUGGUCACCGCAUCCGGCAAGAUGUUGUUGACGUUGCAGGAAAAUCCACCAUUCACCAGAGCUCUCGUAGAAGCUCUGCAUACGCCUCGAUCCACGACGCCGCCGAAGAAGCUGACCUGGUCAGUCCCAUCUCGUUCAUCCAAUCGCCGCCUCCCUCUUCAGAUACCAUGCGAUCGAGCUACAUGACCAGCGGGUCUGAGUACUCACGCAUGUCCACCCUCUCCGAUUUCCCCGACCCUCCCGCGCAACCCUCCAUUCUUCAAGUUUAUGUCGAUGCUCCUACACCACUCCAGCAGUCAGAGAGCUUUGAGGGGACCGACUGUCCUCAAUCUGGGUCCCGCGUCUUCAGCUUGGAGAGUCAUCACACGACCUUCGGUGGUAGUGAUGACAUGGACCUCAUUACACGGGUUCACAGGUCCGAGCUUUGA